AUGGUGCGGCCUAUAGUGGGCGAUUUUCUCAAAGGCAGAAAUGGAAUGCUGGCCGCUGUAGGGCCUAGCGGUUCAGGCAAAACUCAUACUGUCUUCGGGACUCCAACUCUCCAAGGACCAAGAGAGCCUGGAAUGGUUCCACUUGCACUUCAGUACAUUUUCAAGCAAUCUAAGGGCAAGGAUCAUAAGUUUUCAAGAGUUGAAUCUGGGUUGCACUCAACUGUCAAAGGGGUUCAAGAGGCAAGAAUUACUGCCCAUGCUGUUUUAGUUUCUAAUGCUUUGGAGGCUGAAUCAUUGAUUGCUUGUGCAAUGUUGAAGCGUGCUACAAGCAUGACCAACACAAACAGUCGAUGCAGAGAGAGAGAAGAGAACAGGGAAUCAGGGGGGGCCGAAAUUGCCAGAAAGCAAUUUCAUCAACAACACGUCUAUGGUCUUCGGCUUAUGCCUCAGAGCAUUACUGGAGCACCAGAAGAAUCCCAAGAAACCGUUACAGAAGCAUUUUCGGAACUCUUUGAUGAGGAUCCAAGUGGUUUUGUUUCCAACAAAAGACCCAUCCAAAGUUUGGCCAGGAUUGGACAACAGAAAAGAAUGAAGCCCAGCGCUGUUGAUGUUCAGACUGAAGAGCCGAAAACCAAUGGAGAUGAUAAUAUACUUUUGCAGGAAGCUCGCACCGAAGUCCCAGAGGCAUCAAUUAUGGACAAAUCAGACUCUGAGUCAUUCAAAAGGGAGAGAAACGACAUCAUAGUGCAGAACUUUGCUAAAGAUUUGAAGCAAUACAAAGAAAAGCUUCUGAUCUUGUCUGACCCGGAACCCAUGCCUCCUCAUUCUUCAAAGAGUAGUGAAUCUAUUUCAGAACAGAUUCAACAAGAUACUGAACAACUUGCUCCAAUGAAUGCAGCCAAUUGCUCUCAAAGCAUUAGCAGCCAUCAAGAAUCCAGCAUCAAUGAAGUACAUGACCAGGACGCAGCUGAAGACCAAAUGCUGACUACAUCUGGGGACCUUCGAUGCGUAAAGGCCGAAUGUCUUGAUCUUGAGCAGGACCUCGUUAAGGCUCAGCCAGUAGUUGUGCCUGGCGAGGAUCCCCUGGACUUACAUCCAAGCCUCACUCACUUGUUCAGAGGAAACUUCGAACCUAUCAACUUCUGUUCCAGUAGAUGCUGAGGUCGAAGACACGGUGCGUCUGGAAAGGCAUAGACCUGGCAGCUUUAAGCCGGUUCUCAUGAUGACAAAGUCAUGAAAAUGAUCGAGUUGCUUCAGUACUAAGCAUGCAAAAGCUUGGACCUCAAGCUUUGAAUUAAUUUUGCCUACCCACCACCACAACUUCACGUCCAAUCCAGGCAAGCUUCCAGCUCCGAAGAUGAAGCGGGAUUGGUCAGACGUGGCAAGCCAACCAAGCCAGCAAAACCGAAGAGGAGACUAUUGCCUGCCUCGUCUCCGUUACUAAGGGAUAUGAAUGCCUUGGCCAUAGUCCAUAGACGACGAAGUAAAUGCAGGGAAUCAGAGGUGGGAAGAAAUUGACUGUAGAUGAAACAAAAAGAAGAACUCAGGGCAGUAUUGCUCUCCUACGUUUGCUACAGAAUAACCUUCGAGUCUAAAUUAUAGUCACCUGCUUGCUAAUCAUCCCAACGAUUUCUUAAACAGUGCCUAACCCUUAAUUGUCCAGAAUUACUCUACCAAUAGCUAUUCGAGAGGUCUACCUUUUUUUGCACAAAUGCCUCUUUACUCUGGUGCUAAGCCUUACCACAUGUAGUACUUACGAUAUUUUUCGCUCGUAUCAUAUAUAAUGUCUGAGAAUACUUAACAUGAUCAUGUGAUGUUGGGGCAAUUCGGCUUUGUUAUGGGAUGAGUGGACAUGUUCAAAUUUGUGGGUUGGGAAGUAGUGCUUUUUUGUUGGGUCAAAAUUGACUUUAAAGUGAAGAAAGAAUAGAAUGGACA